AUGGCUAUCCUCAAAAGUCGGCCAAAGCCUGCAGAUGACCUGGAGGCUGGCCUUUUGAAGAUAAGUCCAGAGGCUGAAGAUGAUGAGAAAAAGAAGGAACAAAGUGUCCCUUUGCAACACAUCUUGCUGCGGAAGGUCAAGCUGUGCAGCUGGAAGAAACUGCUGGCACUGCUUCUGGCACUGCUUCUGGCACUCCUUCUGUUUGCCAUCACUUUGCUGAGGAUGGUCUGGAAUAUCGAUGAGGUCGCGAAAAUCGCAAGGUCGGCCAGGCUGGCACUCUAUUUCUCCAAGCAGAAGCAGGGGCUCCCUUUCUCAGUGCCGGUGCUAAUCGUCUUUGGGGUUUUGGGGCCUCUGAUCGGUGCUGCGGCUUUUGUGCCGUUCUUCUGGCGCUUCGACCGGAAGUCUGUUCUGCACUGGGCGAGCCUCAUUGGAUGCUCCUUUGUAAUUUUCGCUUCAAAAUUCUUUGUUGAGAACUGGUUUCAGAUCCGAUUGGGCCUGGUUUACAUAAGACUCAUCAAGCUGAUCGAGUGUGGCUGGCAAAAAACUUCAGAAUGGUACCUCUUGGCUUGGUUUUUGUGCCAUCUGUUGCGGCUACCACUUCUGCAAAAUUUGACAAACUCCGAGUUGGAGUUGUUGCGUCCACUUUGGACCUCGCUCGGUUUGGGUUGGCUAUACGACCCAAAACUCGCCGCAGUUUGGACCUCGCUCAUUUUCGCCUCUUUGGUGGCUGUCGACUUGUGGCCGGCCACGAUCUUCUUCCUCAAAGCAAAUGCCAUGCAACGAGAGGCUAAGGAACGAGACACCAAGGAGCAUGCAUCAGCACACAGUGAAUUGGAGUCCCAAACAUGGAGAGAAAUUCGUUAUCUACGCCUCACCGCAGGUCUGGCCGUCAUGGAUGCCUUGUGCCUGCCUAUUUUGCAUCUGCUGACAGAAGAAAGGACCGCUUUGGAAGCCUUUUUGCAAAGGGGCGUUCUGUUCGGAGACAAUGGCGCAGCUGCUCCCUUCCGUGUCGUUGACGAAGCAUGGGUGCUGUUCUCCAUAUUGAUUUCGGGUGGCGUCAUUGGACCGCAAGAUGUUCUCAAGUUGAAUCGGGCGCCCAACGAGUUGGCUUACACGGCGAGGGCCAAAGGGAAGCGAGUCCAUUUUGAUAUUUUUGCAGCGAGCACAUGUUUGAAGCGUUUGAAGAUGUUGCUGGCACUGUUGCUGUUCGUCAUCACUGUGCUGCGGAUGGUCCAAAGGCCGAAUGUGAAAUUCUAUUCGUGGCCGUAUGGAAGCCAUCUCCCUAUGGAAGAUAUGGAAGUGCUGCAUGUCAUCUUUGGCCUCCUUCGGCCUCUGAUCGGUGCUGUGGCUUUUGUGCCGUUCUUCUGGCGCUUCGACUGGAAGUCUCGGCUGCACUGGAUGAGCCUCGCUGGAUGCUUCUUGGUCAAUCUCUUCAGUGUUGUGCUGGACUCCAACGUGUUGCUGGACGUGUUCCUGGAGGUGUUCCAGGAGGAGCAGAAAUGGGUUUUUCUUGAAUUCGUCAUGUUGGUCCGGUGGAUGAUCCGAUUCUUCCUGGUUGAGGUCACGGGGUUGAAGCUGCACAGCCUGGGCUGGCAAGUUGCAGGAUCCGGCUACAGGCCGGCUUGGAUCUGCUGGGUGGUGCUGCACGGUAUGCUUCGAAUUAGUGGCAUUCGCUUUAGUCUAUUUCAUUCUUUGGAUAGGGUUGUUCUCCAGGUGGCCGCUUUGCCGAUCCUCACCUUAGUUCCGGCCACGAUAUUGUUCCGCGAAGCAAGCGCCAAGCAGCAAUACACCAAGGAUCAUGCCCGCAAAGAUCCCGAGUUGCAGACACAGGCAUCGAGAACGGUCAGUUUGCUCCGCCUUGGUGCAUGCCUGACCAUCAUCGAUUCCUUUUACCUGCCUUUCGUGGAAAUCUUUUGGUGUGACUCCUCUAACUUUUUCAACACUGUUGGCGCUCUGCCAACCUUCUGCACCAUUGACGAUGUAUUCGUGCUGUUCUCGAUAUUGGUCUUGGGUGGCAUGGUUGGACCGCGGGGAGCACUGGAGCUGGAUCAGGUGCUUGACGAGUUGGCCUACAUGGCCCGUACCAAAGCCAACCGCAUUGCGUUCCCGGGGCAGAUCAACAGUCAUUCGCCCCAUUGCAUUGUGAGCUUCCCAGGUUCCUAUGCUGGAGAAUGGGACGCUGCGGUGCGCAAAGUGCAAUUGCGGUCCGGUGCAGUCAGCUUAGCGUGCGUCUUCUUGACAGACCCAGCGUCCGGCUUAGGCCGACAUGCUUCGAACCCUGAUCAACCGGGAUGCUGCUGGUGCCGUGCCCUGUACGGGCACCUGACCAAGGAAGCGUACCUUAGCAUAGUGGAAGAGCCAAGCAAGUUGAAGCAGGAAGAGCUUGACUUCAAAAAGAUCGAUGCGGCUGCCAUGGGACAAGUUUUCUUGGUGAAGCAAGAUGGUGAAUCAGAUGCAGAUUGGCAAGUCCGGAAGGAGGCUGCGGAGAAGGAAGCAGAAGAGAAAUGCGAGCAGAAGCAAGGCUUGGCGCCUUGGGGUUGUGAAUGGUUCCACCUCUGGAAGAACAGAGUAAAAGAAGCUCACCGCCUGGGCCAAACUCUGCAUGUGUUCUACUUCCAAGGCAAAGUUGGACAAGGCAAGAUGGCCUGGGCAGAUCUGGCGAACAAAGCUCUGGUGAAACAGGUUCGCCAAAACACCGGGCUCGGGGGGUCCCAAACUGCAGAGGUGGCCUACCUGGAAAAGAGCGGCUACCCGUUUGCAGAGCAUGACGUGGCAGAUUUCUUUGAUUUCAUGGAAGAGCACAGACACGCUGUCAAAUGAUCAAGUUUCACACCUGUGUCACCCUUUCCGUGUGCUCAGUUGCCAGAUGUUCCAUCCUCAGUAGUUCUUUCCAGGCUUGAGCCGCUGUGAGCGUGGGCACUGCGAUGAUCCUGCGGGACUACGGAUUGACAAUAUUCCAUGUAUGGUG